UCGAGGUUACGUUGCACAAUGAAAGGGCUCAAUUUAAGUAAUCUAAGUUACAUCUGGUUGAAGGAAGAUUUCUUUUGCUAGGAGACAACUUCAGCUGCUUUUCUUCAAACCAUCAAGGCAAUCUUUAAAUCUAGAACCUGACUCCUUACAGCAUCUGGUGAUAUAUAUUGAAAGACAAUUUUACCGUAAGCAUUUUGUCUCUCAAAGCAAUAAGGAAGCACAAUUAUUCAGUGUUUGAAGAAUGGUUACAAUGGACAUUUUUAUUCAGUUUUCAGUUUUAUUUUUGAUGCUCGCAACACAAGGGCUUUGCCAGUAUGAAGAAUAUGAUUAUGAUACUGAUUAUGAUCCUGAGCCAGAAUCUCAGUUCCAGCCACCCUUUCAUUUCUCAAGUUUCACAGAUUAUCAUGCUUCAAGUGUUCCGUUCUCAACAGAUUGUGCUAGGGAAUGUUACUGCCCUCCAUCAUCUAUAAUCACCAUGUAUUGUGACAACAGAAAGCUCAAGUCCAUUCCCCAGAUCCCAUCCCGAAUUCAGCAGCUUUACCUUCAGCACAAUGAAAUUGAAGCAGUUAAUAUGAAAUCCUUCAUUAAUGCCACCAACGUUCGAGAAAUUAACUUGAGCUACAACAGACUGAAAUCACAAAAGAUUGAUUAUGGUGUAUUUACAAAAUGCCCUCAUCUUCGUCAAAUCUACCUGAACAACAAUGCAUUAGAAGAGAUCCCAUCACCUUUUUCCACGUCUAUUGAAAGAAUCUUUCUUGGGAACAACAAAAUUAACAGAAUAAAGGAACAAGAUCUUCAGGGCUUAGUAAACGUCACUAUGCUUGACCUUUGCAACAAUCAUAUUGACAGCAUUAAGGGGAAACCACUCGGCAAACUGACCAAGUUAAUGCAGCUUAAUAUAUGUAACAACAAACUCAAUUCUAUGCCUGCAAACCUUCCAUCUUCUUUAAUGUACCUGUCCCUAGAGAAUAAUUCCAUUUCAAAAAUUCCAGAUGGUUAUUUUACAAGGCUUCCAAAUCUAAGUUCAAUUCGAAUGUCACAGAACAAGCUUGAGGACAUUGCUAUAAACAUGUUUAACCUUCCAAAACUCAUGGAACUGAACCUGGGUCACAACAAACUAAAACAUGUGUUUUACAUCCCUCGAUCACUUGAGCACCUACAUUUGCAUGACAAUGAAUUUGAAAAUAUAAACAUAACAUUGAUGUGUCCAGUAAUGGAUAGAAUGCACCGACUGACCUACCUUCGUGUGGAUCAAAACAGACUAAGACGUCCUUUAAGCACUUUAGUAUUUUUUUGUUUUCCCCAUAUACACAGUAUUUACUAUGGUGAGCAGAAGCAUAUUGCUGGGGAACCAAAUGUGCCACUUAUUCCUCAGUAUCCAUUCACUGAUGAGGACAGGGAUAAUGAUGAUGAUGAAGAUUUUCCUCAAUAUCACAGAGAAGAGCAUGAACCAAUAGCAGGAGAAUCUGCUGGGGAUGCAGAGGAAGAUAAUUACUUUGAUGAUUAUUUAUAUUGAUUAACUAUUAACUGGUGUUAAGCCCUGUGCACACGAUCGGUUUGUCUGAUGAAAACAGACCGAUGGACCAUUUUCAUUGGACAAACCGAUCGUGUGUG